AUGCCGCGGCUCCGCGAGGAUCAUCUCAAGGCGUACCCACCCAGGCCGAAGUUCAGCGUGGACCAGAUACCCGACCUGAGCGGGCAAGUCAUAAUUGUUACAGGAGGUAACGUCGGUAUAGGGCAGGAGACCAUCAGAGUUUUGUUGCAGCACAACGCGAAGGUGUACAUGGCCUCACGAAGCAAGGAGAAGGCCGAAGAAGCCAUAGAGGAGCUGAAGAAGCAGACGGGGAAGGAAGCGAUAUUCCUCGAGCUUGACCUCCUGAGCUUCCCUUCCAUUCGCGCGGCAGCGGAAGAGUUCAUGAGCAAGGAGAACGAACUUCACGUGCUCUUCAAUAACGCAGGUCUGAUGUGGCCUCCGGUCGAGCAGGUCAGCCCCGACGGCUACGACCUGCAGUUCAUGACAAACGUCAUCGGCCCAUUCUUCUUCACGAAGCUGCUCAAACCGGUGCUCCAAGCCGGCAAAGAGACGCAUCCGGACCAUCACUGUCGCAUUAUUAUGGUCUCGUCUUCCGGGGCGUAUAUGGGCACGCUGAACUUCGACACGUUCAAGGACGGGCCCACACGGAGGAAGAUGCCCACCACCAACCUGUACUUCCAGACAAAAUCCGCGAAUAUGGUCAUCGCGCGUCAGUAUGCGAAGCGAUACGCCGAUCAAGGGUUCAUCUCAGUUGCACUGAAUCCUGGCAAUAUUGACACGCCUCUGCAUCGCUACACCCCAGCUGGCAACGGGCUGUCACGAUUCGUACUGCAGCCGGUCGAGAAGGGCGCUCUGACACAACUAUGGGCGGGCACGAUGCCCGAGGCAGUCAACCACAACGGCGGGUUCUUGAUCCCGUGGGCACGAGUGGGCAGGUGCCGCCCGGAGGCGUACGAUGAUGCCUCGGGGGAACAGCUCUACGACUGGCUCGAAGAACAGGUUAAGGACAAGUAG